UGAUUCCUGCGUGUUGGUCAAGAUAUUUUGGGCUGUAGGAGACGACAGGUGCACGGAGGAGAGAGAGACGAUGAGCUGUGCGGUUCCUGAGAGGAGGCUCCGGAGUGACAAAGCCGCCCCUCUGUCCGAUGGCGUCUACCUGAUGGCGGCAGCAGCAUUCCAACAUCUGCGCAGAGAAAAACCCGUCACCCAUCAGGUGCUGCAUUAUGGGAAGAAGUCGGACACACAACUCCCUGAGAGCGGAGACAAGACAUCGCAGCGGCAAGCCUUUCAACUGGCAUUCAACACCAUCAAAUACCAAGAGCUGCUGGAGUACAUCAUGAUGGACAGCAGCUUCCUCACCUCACAACAUCUUCCCAGUGAGUCGCUGCCUUUGGCCAUGGUGAUGCUGUUCGACUUUCAGGAGCGGAAGUUCACACUUCGACCUACAAAAGACUUGACGGAACUGAGCCAAGAAGUGCGAGCUCUGGAGCACAGCUUACAUAAGUGGAAGAUCAAGCUGGCGGCGUCUCUGGCCCGCUACCGAAUCAAGCGAAACCUCCAGAGUGUUUCUCUGUUUCUCCCGGAUCCUGUGAGAGCCAAGCAGCAGCGGAUGAAGCUGCUGCCGUGCUACGCCUGGGUGAACACGCUCAAGUCCAGCGUGGAGGAAGUGUGUGCGGAGCUGCAGCGUGACGGACUGUGUGAGGUCAAGAGUGUGUCUGAAGUGGCAGAAUCAACAUUCUGCAGAGACCACUUGUGUCCUGAUACACUCGUCUUCUCCCAAAGUACGAUCAGUCGUCUGGAGCAAAGUGAUCUGACAGCCACACACAGACUCAACAUACAGGAGCGGAGUGUGUGCGUGGCCGUCAGCGUCUUACGCCCCCUGCUGUAUGAUUGUGGCGACGUCAUGGUGGCCGGCUGUUUCUCGGCCAUGACCGCAGCUCACGUCGCCGUGGCUGCCGCCGCUCGCUGUGGUCGUGCGCUGGUGAGCGCGGCAGACCACACAGCGGCGCAGCUGACGGAGCUGCACGAGCUGCUCGCCCUGAUGGACGUCAAAAACCUGAGAGUGGUGUCCGAGGCUUUCUUGGCUCUGGAUGAGUGGGACAGCGCCGCCCAGCGCUUGAAGGUCAUCGUCGUGCUUCCUCGCUGCUCCACCUCCGCCCUGAGUGACCCCGUGUCCACCAUCCACAGCGAACAUGGAGACUGGGACCUUUUGACUCACUUAUGUGGAAGUUCAGUGUCGCAGAGUAAACUCCAAACCCUGACCUCACAGCAAGCUCGACUGCUUGCACACUCUCUAACCUUCCCAAAAGUCCAGACGGUGGUCUACUGCACACGUUCAAUCUAUCCUGAGGAAAAUGAACAACUGGUGAAGAGAGUGUUGGAGAAAACACACACUCACUCUAAACUACUGCCCUUCAGGGUUAAUGGGCCCAUUUUCCCUGACGACUCGCUGUCAGGAGACGCGGAGGAUUCCAAGUUCUUCAGACUGGAGGCCUCUCAGUUCACCAACGGCUGCUUUGUGGCGCGACUGUCCAGACAGGCGGAUCCCACCAAAGUGGAGACGGUUCAGGACGUCCUGGCAAGGGCAGCAGCCAAAGGCCUCCUGGGAGGAAUCCUCCCUGAACAAGCUAACGCAGGCACAAAGAGCAAAAACAAAAAGAGCAGUGUCCCCUCGGCAACCGGGGGACCAGAGCUCCUCAUUGGUCUGGACGGAGAUGCAGAGGCAGGACCUCGGUUGCCACAGUCAGAUCAGGAUGAGGACAAAGAUGAGGAAGAGACGGAAGGGAAUAAAGGAGGAAAGGGAAAGAAGAAGAAGAAGAAGGGGAGAAAGAGAAAAGUCAAAAAGAACUCAAAACAAAGCAGCUCGCAGCUUGAGCCUAAAACUCUGAAGAAGAAACCAGCAAAGAAAAAUGCUCCGACGAGCAAAAAGAGCAAAGGCAAAGCACGGAAGAUUCCUCGCCUGACGCUGUCACUCAUCUCUUCAGCGAAAGCUUCCAUCCCAGUCUCUAGUGUAACACAGCAGACUGAACCAGAUAGAAAACCGCCUCCUCGUCCGACUGCCCCGAAAACUCCCUCAAAGCAGAGACAAAGCCCAGACAGGGGAGAAGGGACGGCCGCACAGCGAGUGUUGACGCCGGCGGAUUUUGUGCUUCCACCCAUUUCCUCCAGCACCUCCAGCUCGCUGAGCAGCUCCUCUCUGUCCAGGCCUCCAUCAUCAGCCAGGUCAUCCAGACGUGCACUGAGGACCACUGCUUCCUCUUCGGUUACACUCCCGAGUCUGAGGAAGCUCGGGCAGUGAGUCUGCUCACGCCAGAUGCAU